GAAAGAGAAGCUAAAAAUGAAGAAGGUUUGAGUAAUUGGUUGCAAUGCCACAGUAAACAGCAAAUAGAAAUCUCUCUAACAGUGAGCAGGAAAGGAAGUUUUUGUGCAGCAAACAGAUGGACAAGGAAGCAUCUAGUGAUGUGUGCAGCUCAGUCCAAAUGGAGCUAGAAGAGAUAUCCGGCAAAAUAGCAGAUCUAGACAAGUGGAGAAAGAUUUUCAGUGUUCAUGGAUUGGAGAUCAGUCACAGACCCUUUCAGAAAUACCAAGACUGUAAAUCUGAUAAUGAUAAAGAAGAUGCUGCUGGAACAUCUCAAAAUAAAAACCCCUCAGAUCAGAGCAAGUUUCCAUUUAAUACUCUAUAUUCAAUUCCCAAAGCUGUAAUCGUUUCAUCGGACCUAGGAGGGCAUCCCAUCUCAUUGGAAAUGGCUCUGGAAUUGCGAAGGAUGUUAUUUGGAAACACAUUUCAAGUCUUCAACUAUGAAUGGAAAAAAUCAUAUUUCAGGUUUCACCACCCCUUUACUGAUUUGGCCUAUGCCUUAGAGAUGGAUAAGGGAGGAACCACAGCAAUCCAGAUGGCAGUUCAGGUUCACAUCAUGAAACACUUUUUGUUUGUACAAAACAAAGAAGAAAAUGUCUCCCUUCAAAGUAUAUCUGAAAUAAGCCUCAAAGAGCAAGAAAAAACUCUUACAACAGCACUAGCCGAUAUUCUGUGGACAGCAGGAGAAAGUCAGAGAGCAACUAUCUGCUUUAUCACGGAUGAUACUUACAUUACUGCAAAUGUAGACUACGAAGUGGAUCACUUUACUGAACAAGUUCACCUGUUUGAAUUUGUUGAGAAAGAAACAAUGCAGCACUUUAUCUUGGAUCACAUACACUGUCUGAACUCUGAGGGAAGUCAUGGGGUGAUCUUAUUUCUGUACAGUUUACUUUUCUCCAGGACAUUUGAAAGGCUUCAGAGAGAUCUAGACUUCACCACAAUUCACCUGUUACAAUGGAGACAUGGAGACAUUAGCUGCAGACAAGCAAUUCUGAAUCUCAUUUUAACUGGCAGAGCAAAUCCACAUGUGUUCAAUGGAUGCCAAAAGCUUGACACUGAAGGCAGCAUGCAAAAAGUACUGCAUGGAGUCCACUCCCGCAGCAAUGUUGGCUACUUACGAUGGAGUAAGGAAGAAGCAGAACAGCACAGAUCCCUAAAGGUUGGAAGCAUGUUGAAGACACCAAAAUUGCCAAUAUGGCUGUGCAACAUAAAUGAAACAUACAGUAUUCUCUUCAGCUUAAACAGGUUGUUAUUGUCUGAUUGGAAAAUGGAACAUCUCUUUGAUUUAUAUUUCUAUAAAGGCAAGACCUCCCAAAAGAAAACUGUCCAUCUAACAAUAGAUACACAUUCUCAUCACUGGGAAGAAAAUCACUGUGUGGAUAACAGGGAUCCCCACAAAAGAGUGCUAUCUCUGGAAAUGGCCAUUCGAACUAAAUGGGAAGGAGCUGCCAUCAGCUGGAAUGGAACAGCUCCAUUCUUCUGAUCCAAGUGACUGGAGGAGAUGGUCUUUUUUAAAGGUGCUGCCCACAUGAACCUUGAAAUGAAAGUGAGAAGAAGGAAGACAGCCUAUUGCUAUGGGUUGAAUUAAUGUAAAAAGUUGCUAUUGCUAAUUACAAAAAAAAUUAGCAUCCUGUGCAAUUCACUCAAUU